AUGCUACCUCUCUGGGUAGCUUCAGGCUGCGCUGGUGCCACAUACGCCAUCAUGCUUUACUACAUGCCGCUCUUUUAUGCUUUCUCGAAGGGGCUGGGCGCGCUACAGCAAACAGUGCGGCUCUUGCCUUUCAUCCUCACCUUCAUCCUCACCGUGGUCAUCAUCGCUGCUUCUUUACCGAGACUGAAGCAGUACGGUGUAAUCUACCUCGCUGGCGGUGCCAUCACACUCUCAUCGGCAACAGCCCUUGCGACUACGAUCGCGCCGGGCGUCCCUGAAAGCAAGGUCAUGGGCCUCACAGCUCUCGUGGCCGUGGGACUUGGCCUACACUUCCAACACAGCAAUGCCAUCUCCAACAGGAUCAACAAAGAUCUUCGAGAUCGGGUUGAAUGCGCUGCGCUCUUGAACAUGAGCCUCAUGGGAGGUAUAUCCAUGGCACUGAUCAUUGCAGGCGCUAUCUACGAAAAUCGCGGCAUGUCCUUGUUAAAGUCUGCGCUCGGGUCCGUAGACCGUCCUGAAGCAGACCUUCGCGAGGCGCUGGCAGGAGUUUCGCGUGGUACUUUGGGAGGGGGUGAGGCCCAAUUGAUGACUUAUGGUGCGAAAGCGACGUGUAAAGCCAUUUCGCUCCUGCUCUAUAUUGUCUCCUCCAGCGGCGCUCUUUUGCUUCGCGUGUGGAGCACUUGCUGUAUUUGA